AUGGCAAAACGCAUGACCUCCUUCCAUUGGAACUGCGAGUGGUUGACAAGGCCGAAUUAUGCCAUUAGCGAACUCGCAGACACUCUGUAUGCGAACCUUGCAACACUCGCCAAAUAUAAAGACAAGGUGUUCACCAGACACGCCGUGGACCCUCUGCUGAACAAAGCCAGACCCAUCAGGACAGUGCUACAGAGAUUCAACAAAAAAGAUUCUGCGACAGCGGAAGAACCGGAUGAACGCGAUCUGGCCGAUUUAAUGAAAUUUAUUGAGGAUGACACCCUGAAAAGUCUCUGCAAGCACCUGUUCGCGGCAUCCGGCACAAUGUUCUCAAUAGCAACGCACAUGAUGACUCUAGAAACAUUAUUCAGCCACCCGGCUGAAUACGCUAAGAGGCAUCAGGAAUCACCGGAAGUACACUCUUUCAAACAGAACCCAUCUUGGGAGUCCAUGGUAGCAUAUAUAGCCUCACAGACACUGAGUCACACGGAAAUAGUGCCCGAAGAGGAACAGGGCGGCAGUAUCUGGGACGCGCUCACCCAAAGAAGUUCUACUAGGCAAGCGCGCCAAACUGCUACCUUUUGGGAUGCUGUAGAAGAAAACGUCGAAGACGACGAAGCA